GUCAUCGAAAUUCGAUUGACGCGAAUGAUAUGAUUUUUAUCUGUACCAUUCCAUAUAGAAUUAAUUUAAUAUAACCAUUGUUGAUUGUCAAUAAGAUGCGAGUUGAUGUUUGAUGCUGUUUCGCACGUGGACACGAGCAUUGACGUAGCAGUUCGCGGUACUGUCAGUUAUCUGAUACAAGUUUCAUCAAACGACGAAUAUGGCUGAUCAAAAACCAGACAUUGAGUUAGAUUGGGUGAAAAUACGAGAAGAUUUGGACAGUGAAUUUCUUGGCGAGACGGUAUUCGACAAAGCGAAACGUAAAACACGAGAGAAUCCACUUGUACCUAUAGGUUGUCUUGCAACUACAGCAGCACUUUCUGUAGGACUCAUCAGCUUUGUGAGAGAAAAAAGCCAGAUGCAACAAUAUAUGAUGCGUGCACGUGUUGGUGCUCAAGCAUUUACCAUAGUUUGCAUAGUUGCAGGAUUUAUUUUGUUACCUAAAUCAAGUUAAGAUGUUAUGUAACAUUUAUUUAUACAAAUGUCAUUAAUAUCUGCUGUAGUAUAUGAAAUGCUCUUAUAAUCGUAUUGGAUGCAAUAUGUAUCUAAUAUGGGUAAAUAUUAUAUUGUCUCCAAAAUAACACUCAUAAAUUAUCAAACGCAUGAAUUGAGAAAAAUUAUUUAUGGUAACAUCUGUAAAUUAAUAUUUUUAUCUAUAAAAAUAUAUUUCUAAUUGUAAUUAUUAACCAAAA